AUGGACACACAAGCAGGAAUAUCUCAGAAGGACAUCUAAUGUUAUCCCCGGAUUGUGACAUAAAAGAUAAUGACAGUAGACAGGAUUCUCCAGGAGAUAACCCCAUUACCCCAAUUAUACAUCCAGCUCUAUCAGCUGAUCCCUCUGAUCCUGGGAAAUGUUCUCCUGAUCACUCUGAUAUUGGUGCAUCUGUUACAGCUCUGACAGUAGAUACAGCGUUUCCUUGUUCUACAGAUGCCAAAUGUUUUACACAGAACACAAAGCUUAUUACCCAUCAGCCAGCUAAGGCAGGUGAGAAGCCAUUUCCAUGUUCUGAGUGUGGAAAAUGUUUUACAUACAAAUCACUUCUUGUAAUACAUAAGAGAAUACAUACAGGUGAGAAACCAUAUUCCUGUUCUGAAUGUGGGAAAUGUUUUACCCAGAAAUCACAACUUAUUACACAUCAGCGAAGUCACACAGGUGAGAGGCCAUUUCAAUGUCCUGAGUGUGGGAAAUGUUUUCCACAGAAAUCAGAUCUUGUUAGUCAUAACAGAAGUCACACAGGUGAGAAUCCAAUUUCUUGCUCUGAGUGUGGGAAAUGUUUUACACGGAAAUCACAACUUGUUAUACAUCACAGAAGUCACACAGGUGAGAAGCCAUUUUCUUGCCCUGAGUGUGGGAAAUGUGUUGCCCGGAAAUCACAACUUGUUAGACAUCAGCGAAGUCACACAGGUGAGAAGCCAUUUCCAUGUUCAGAGUGUGAGAAAUGUUUUGCACUCAAAUCGGCUCUUGUUAUACAUCGCAGAAGUCACACAGGUGAGAAGCCAUUUUCUUGCUCUGAGUGUGGGAAAUUUUUUACACUGAAAUCACAUCUUGUUAGACAUCAGCGAAGUCACACAGGUGAGAAGCCAUUUCCAUGUUCUGAGUGUGGGAAAGGUUUUGCACACAAAUCAGUUCUUAUUAUACAUCAGAGAAGUCACACAGGUGAGAAGCCAUUUCCAUGUUCUGAGUGUGGGAAAGGUUUUGCACACAAAUCAGUUCUUAUUAUACAUCAGAGAAGUCACACAGGUGAGAAGCCAUAUUGUUGCUCUGAGUGUGGGAAAUGUUUUACACAGAAAUCACAUCUUGUUAAACACCAGAGAAGUCACACAGGUGAGAAGCCAUUUUAAUCUUCUGGAGUAUACUUAUCAUUGCUAUAUGUUGUUCUUCAAGGUUCUUAUCCUAUCUCCUAUGCUUUUUGCAAAUACAUGCUCCCACAGGGUGAAAUAAUCAGGUGUCAUGCCCUCAUCUAGCACUGCUAUGCUGAUUACCUGUCUUUUGCUCCAAGUACUGAGAACCCAAUACCAAUCCUUAAUGUCUAGCUGAGCUCCAGGUGUGGGUGAUGCACUUUCGCUGUGACUCAGACCUGGUGAAUCGUCCUUAUGAUAGAAGCUCACCAACAAAGGGCAGGGCUACAGCUCAGCUUUGCAAACUAACCAGACUUGUGCUUGGAUGUUCAGAGUUACAAAAUGCUGAUCCUGUGUGGAAUCUUGGUGUCCUGGAUUGUGGAGUGACACUUAGACAUCAGGUAUCAGCCACAAUCAGAUCCUCAGCUGAGGAACAUAACUAGACUCCAGCACUUAUUUCCCUCAGAAGAUCUACCUACAGUCAUACAUGCAUUGCAUCAUCACACAUAGACUACUGUAAAUGUCCUCUACCUGGGUCUCCCAGCAAAAGAAUUGCACCGGUUAUAGCUUGUACAGAAUGCUGCAGCCAGGCUGUUACCUAACCAACCUGUUCCUGCCACAUAACACCCAUUCUCUGCUCCCUUCACUGGCUACCUGUAAGAUGGUGACUCUAUUACAUAAUCUUUCUUACUCUCCCAGCCCUACAUGACCAGGGUCCAUGGUACCAGAAGCAGCUUCUGCCUCCUUACUUCCAUAUGAAGAUGAAGGACUGUUACCAUCAGUACCAAGAAUCCCCAAGCAGUGCUGAGAUGUCAGAGGGGAGACAGAGUGGUGGCACUAUUGCUGUAGUGGGGCCUGCCGAAGGCACUAUCAGUGGGUAAUAUUGUCCUCAAGCAGUGCUGAGGUGUC